AUGGCGGACAAGCAAGCGAUAGUCUACAUUGUAGAUCAAGGCGCUUCAACAGCAGAAUCCCACAGUGGAAGGGAGGAAAGCGAUUUGGAGUACGGUAUGAGAUAUGUCUGGGAUAAAAUCGCAACAACAAUGGCAGCAAACAGGACAACGUGGAAUUUGGGUGUAUUGGGCCUUCGCAGCGACGACAGCGUCAAUCCCUUAUAUUCUAGCGAGGGAGAUGAAGGUUAUGGGAACAUAUCUCUGUUAAAGGACCUCGGACCUAUGAGAAUGAAUGAGCUGGCAAAUCUGCAGACGUCACUCAAGCCGAGCUCCACCAACUCCGGCGAUGCAAUUUCUGCCAUUAUAAUUGCAGUUUCCAUGAUCGAAGAGUUUACUACCCUCAAGAGUGGAAAGCCUGGCAAAUUCUUGCGGAGAAUUGUCUUGGUCACGGACGGUCAGGGGACCCUGGACGACAGCGACUUAGAUUCUAUCGCAGACAAGAUAAAUGAAGUUGACAUUGAGUUGGUCGUAAUAGGCAUUGAUUUCGAUGAUUUGGAGUUUGGAUUUAAGGAGGAAGACAAGCCGGAAGGCAAGGCGAGUAAUGAAGCUAUUCUCCAAUCCCUAGUCCAAAAGUGUAACAGUGGCAUCUUUGGUACCGUCGCUGAAGCCGUUCAAAAUCUUUCAAUACCAGAAGUCAAAACUCCCCGACCUUACUCAACAUUUAAGGGCCCGCUUGCUCUUGGAGACUUUGCAAAGUAUCCCGACUCUACUAUGCUCAUUGACGUUGAGAGAUACUUCAAGACACAUAUUGCAAGGGCUGUGACUGCCAGUAGCUUCGUUACUCGAGCUUCUACCGCAAAUGAAGAGACUGGUGCCUCAUCAAAGACAUUAGAAGAAGACACGGAGAUGGCAGAUGCACCGGAACUAUCUGCAGUCAAGAGCACCUUUACUUACAAAGUCAAUGACCCAACAGCGCCUGGAGGGAAGAAAGACGUAUCCCGAGAUGACCUCGCCAAAGGCUUCGAAUAUGGUCGGACGGCUGUCCACAUCAGCGCAUCUGAAGAGAAUGUGACUAAACUCGAGACUACACAAAGUUUUUCAAUUAUUGGCUUCAUACCUAGCGACAAGUACGAAAAAUAUCUCAAUAUGGGCGAAUCCUGUGUCACCAUCGCGAAGUGUAUCAACGUUGAAGCUGUGAUAGCACUUUCAUCAUUUAUUCAUGCUCUUCAUGAGUUGGAUUCUUAUGCUGUCGCUAGGAUCGUCGCAAAGGAUGGAAAGGAUCCUGUCAUUAUCCUCCUCGCCCCUUUAAUUGAACCCGACUUUGAAGGUCUUGUUGAUGUUCCCCUUCCAUUCGCGGAAGAUAUUCGCAUGUAUCGGUUUCCCCCCUUGGACCGAGUCAUCACUACAUCCGGGGCAACUGUUACAAAGCACAGGAACCUCCCUACCGAUGAGCUGACAAACGCCAUGAGCGAUUAUGUAAACGCUAUGGAUCUAUCUACUUUCGGGAAGGACGAUGAAGGCCAACCUACAGAGUACAUGCCGAUGGAAGACACCUACUCACCAGCAGUUCAUCGUAUCAACCAGGCAAUACGCAAGCGUGCCAUACACCCGGAUGCACCAGUUGAUCCUCCUGCUGAGGUUUUAAUGAAAUGGUCUCACCCUCCCGACGAACUUGUUUCAGGCAAUGCUUCAGAACUCAAAGCCCUUAUAGAUGCGGCCUCCGUGAAGAAAGUACCACCUAAGCAGAAUGGUAGGCGUUUCAACCGGGAAACAAUUAAACCGCUCUCAGGCUUGGAUGUCGACUCGCUUCUCGAUCGAGACCAUCGCCAGAAGAUCUCAAUCGAAAACUCUAUUCCGGAUUUCAAACAAAUUGUCUCAAGUGCUACGUCUGAUAGCAAUAUACACGAUGCUGCCAAACAGAUGUCUAAUAUCAUAUGUCAACUCGUCAAAGACAGCACGGGGGAUAGCGGAUACUCCAGAGCAUUAGAAAACAUGAAGGUCCUAAGGAUCGAAUUGCUGUCUUUGGAAAUGCCGGAUAUCUACAAUGAUUUUAUUCGCGAGUUCAAGCGACGUUUAAUGGAGGGGGACUUAGGUGGUGAUAGAAGGGAGUUUUUUCUGCGUGUUCGGGGGGAGAAGUUGGGGUUGAUUGAUAAUAUGGCUCUAGACUUUUGUGAUGUUUCAGAGGAAGAUGCUGCUCAGUUCUACUCUAUGAAGGUAGGAUUGCCAUCUCGGGCUAAAUAA